UUUACGGGACUGGUCCCGCCAAACUUUUCUCUAGCCUAUGGCCUGCCGGUGUGCCAGAUUCGUUUCUUUCCCGUUUCCCGCGGAACCAUCUCUUAAAGAGGACCUACGGCAGCCGUUUGCAAACUGGCCAACUAGAGGUGGGUCGCGAGUUGAGAGGGCGAGUCUCUUAGAAAAGGGUCUGAGCUUCAUUGAGGCCAACCGUACCCAACAGAAGACUGCUACAGGUGUUGGGCCUGAGCUCUGUGACCAUGUCCCAGCAGAUCCAUGCAGGCUCCUCAGUGUCGCAUACCAGCUUCCUGGAUUUGUGGAGGGAAAAGAAUGACCAGCUCGUUCGACAGGCCAAGGUGGUUCAGGACACCCAGCUGUCUCUGAGGCGACAGCAGCUGGCUCAAGACACACUAGAAGGUCUUAGGAAGCUCCUUUGGGGUCUGCAAGGGCUCCCUGCCACUGUUCCUGUUCUCCCUUUGGAGCUGACUGUAACCUGUAACUUCAUUAUCCUGAGGGUGAGCUUGGCCCAGGGUUUCACUGAAGAUCUAGCCCAGGAUAUCCAACGGAGCCUCAAGAGAGUGCUGGAGACCCAGGAGCAUCUGGAGCCCAGGUUGCAACAGAGUCUCAGGGAGCUGUGGGAAUCUGUUCUGCAUGCUUCCUCUCUUCUGCCAGAGCUGCUUUCUGCCUUACACCUCCUGGCUGGCCUACAGGCAGCCCUUUGGCUGAGCACUGACCAUCUCGGGGACCUGGCCAUACUGUUACAGACACUGAAUGGCAGUCAGGGUAGGACCUCUGAGGAUCUGCUGCUACUUUUUAAAAGUUGGAAUCCUCCAGUUGAGAAAUCAGAUGGCCCAUUGACUCUGCAGAAUGCCCAGAGUUUGAGGGCUGUACUUUUGACAGCAUUUGCCUACCAACAAGGCCUCCAGGAGCUGAUCACAGGAAAUCUACCAAGGGCACUGAGAAACCUGCAUGAAGCAGCCUCAGGUCUGUGUACACGACCUGUUUUGGUCCAGGUGUACACAGCACUGGGGACCUGUCUCCGUAAGAUGGAAAAUCCACAGAGAGCACUGCUGUACUUAAUUGAAGCCCUGAAAGUAGGCACAGACUGUAGUCUUCCACUUCUGGAGGCGUCUCGAUUAUAUCGGCAACUAGGAGACACAUCAGCUGAGCUGGAGAGCCUGGAACUGCUAGUUGAGGCUUUGAGUGUCAUUCGUAGUUCUAAAUCCCCCCAGCUGUUGAUUGAAGCAGAAUUGCUACUUCCACAACCUGACCAAGCCUCCCCCCUUCACUGUGUCACACCAAGCCAGGCCAAGCACCUGCUAGCAAGCAGAUGCCUACAGAUUGGGAGGGAAGAAGAUGCUGCAGAGCAUUAUUUGGACCUGUUGGCGUUGUUAUUGGAUGGCUCAGAGCCAAGGUUCUCCCUACUCCCCUGCCCCCCAGGGCCCUGUGUGCCAGAGGUGUUCUUGGAGACUGCAGCAGCACUGAUCCAGGCAGGCCGAGCCCAGGAUGCUUUCACUGUAUGUGAAGAGCUUCUCAGCCGUACAUCGUCUUUACUUCCCAAGAUGUCCCAGCUGCGGGAAGGAGCCAGAAAAGGAUCCAAAGAACUGCCAUAUUGCCAGCUCUGGGUCUCUGCUACCCACCUGCUUCAGGGCCAGGCCUGGGUACACCUGAAGGCCCCAAAAGAGGCAGUUAGUGAAUUUAGUCGGUGUCUUGAGCUGCUCUUCUGUACUACUCCUGAGGACAAAGAACAAGGAGCAGGUUUCAACUAUGAGCAGGGGUGUAGCUCAGAAGCGGCACUGCAACAACUUCGGGUAGCAGCUCUGAUUAGUCGUGGACUGGUAUGGGUGGCCAGCAACCAAGAUACCAAAGCUCUAAAGGACUUCCUCCUCAGUGUGCAGAUAUUCCCAGGCAGUAGAGAUGCUUCCUAUUACUUGCUUCAAACUCUGAGGAGGCUGGAUCGGAAGGAUGAUGCCACUGCCCUGUGGCAAAGGCUGGAAGCCCAAACUGAGCUGACACAGAAAGAAGCUACUCGGUCACUGCCUCUGUACCUAGAAACCUACUUAAGCUGGAUCCAUCCCACUGAUUGUGAAACCUUCCUUGAAGAAUUUCGGACAUCGCUACUGGAGCCACAUGACCAAUAGUUGCCACUUGCCAAUAGCUAGACCUGGGACCCCUGUGGACUCUGAAGAGGGAUUUUUUUUUUUUUUUAACUUUCCUUGUAAAAUGUGGCUCGAGCUGACUAUUCCUGUAGAACUCCUGUACUGGUGAAGUUGGUGGUAGUGUUGUGAAACUUGGCCUACUUACUGCCAUUCUGGUUCCAGAGGAAGCAUUCCCUGCCACAAACAAGUCAUUUUUUCAUGUUUCCUCUUUUCUUGUUUUGAGUAAAACCUCAUAUUUA